AUGGCCUCCUCCGACAUGGUCUCCGUAGAAUUCCUUCCGACCGGCACAUGCUGGAUGCGCGAGCCGAUGAGCGGGCAGCCCAUCACCAACGCCUUCGUGCCCUUCCGCAUGCUCCGCUCCUUCACCGGCCCCUGGCUCGGGCCCCUCCCGGUGGGCGCGUUCCUCAUCCGGCACCCCGCGGGCCCGAUCCUCUUCGACACGGGCAUCUCGACCAAGUGUAACGACCCCGGCUACUUCCCCUGCUGGAACCCCAUCCCCGGCAUCCUCAACAAGUUCGACGUGACCCCCGAAGACGCCAUCAUCAACCGCCUGGCCGAGCGCGGGGUGAAGCCGGCGGAGCUGCAGGCGAUCAUCGUGAGCCAUCUGCACCACGACCACGCGGGCGGGCUGAAGGAGCUGGCGGCGGCGGCGCCGGAGGUGCCAAUCUACGUCGGGGGCGAGCACUGGGACGCGUUCGGGAAGCACACGAUCUACGCGGCGAUGCAGGGAGCCAUCCCGUCGGACUGGCCGCCGGGAUUUGAGCCGCGGAUUUUGGACUUUGACGAGAAGAGGGCGCUUGGGCCGUGGGGGCGCUCGUGUGCCAUCACGGCGAACGGGACGGUGGUCGCGGUGGACACGCCGGGGCAUGUGCCGGGGCACAUUUCAUUGGUUGUUGUCGGUGAUAAUGAUGACGGGACGAAGACGACGUACCUUCUGGCUGGAGAUGCGACGUACGGCAUUCAUUUGCUGGAUGCGGAGGCACCGGAUGGGGCGAACAGUGACCCGUUCACGGCGUUUGAGAGUCUGAAGAAGAUUAAGGAGUACGCGAGGCAGACGGACAUUGUUGUCUUGCCUACUCAUGAUCCGGAUACGCCACGCCUGCUGAAGGAAAGAGUGGUGUAUCGGCCGAAAGAUGAGACCAAGGAGUGA